CCUGUACCAACCACCGAGCUACCACCCACUUCUGGGCAUAGCAUCUAUGCCUCAGCACUGCGUCUCAUAGACAUCACAUCCCCAGUGUUACUUCCUCCCUCAUCUCGUCCUUCAUGCGGCGGUAGUCAAGCAACUUGUCUUCAUCUUCCCAUUCGUAAGCAGUCCAGCGACCCAGCAGCAGUAGCACUUGUCGCUGCUGGCUGGCCGCAAGGAUGUCGGCUGCUACCGCAAGAGGGGUGCUGUCGACGUCGAGGACGGUCUGCACCCCGCAGUGGCGUGGCAAAAGGCUAGUGAAGCCGCCGAUACACCUGCCUCGAGCAGCAGACCGAGGAGGUCUGACUGUUGAGGAGAUCCCUCACGCAGAGACAUCUGCUGCAGGAGCCGCACGGUAUCAGCGUCUUCACAGCUUUGGCUCUAUCACUCCAUCACCAAAGCAGAGUAACGCACUACUCGCUGCCAGUUCACAGCGCUACUUUUCAACUACAGCGUCCGGAUCGCGCCGCCUUCCAUCCUUCAAUACCCACGCCAAUACCACUGCCGAGGCCAAAAGUAGAGCUACCUCUAGAUGGAACGCCCGCAACCUUCGCUAUGCCGAUGAUGUCGGGUGGAAGACUCCGGCAGAUCUCGCCAGCGGUACCUCUGCCAGCGACUGGAAGGGCAAGCAGUCUAUCCUUCCCAAGUGGUUGGGGACAGAUAUGGAUCGAGAGCUCGUACGCCGUUCCAUUUUCCGCCAUACCCUCACAGUAGCGUAUGACUCCCUGGAGGACGUUCUUGCUCAGUUGCCCACAUGUGGCGAUGAUGAGCGGGGACGAAUCCGCCUUCAGCUGGCUAAUACCAUCGAAGCCGUUCUCAAAUCGACGGAGCCCGCUCAAGGGCCUCAUGCUGUACAGCCACCACCUGUGCUACCCGCUGAUGCGACAGCCUUUCGGAUCAUCGCCAGGUCAAUCGUGCUCGCACAGAUCGAGCUACAGUCCACUGAUGAUGAGAUUUUGAAUGUCUUUCGCUCAAUGAGAGAACGCUUUGGACGUCUAUCGCUGCCUCAAUACCAUCGUAUUGUGUCCAGUGCUGGCUUGAAUGAGCGGAACGAGCUCAUCUUGGCCUUCUUUACAGAAGCGCAACGAGACUGGGAUGGCGCGACAGAUGAAUGGAUGCUCUACGCUCGAGCCAGAGCUCUCGCCACGCUAGGAAAAGCGACUCGGGUCCUCGACUCCUACUGGAAGGAGUAUGAGACAUGUCGAGCAGCCCCUCCAGAGGCGUACGGCCGUCACGCUGGCGUCAGCACCGAGAGGAAGCUCCACCCUCCACGAUAUCUCUUCACGUCUCUCCUCCAAUAUCAACUAGUCUCUGCUGCCCGCUCGACAAGUGGGCAGAGUUUUGGUCGCACCAAGGAGGUGCUGAGAGCCAUGAAUGCAUACGGCUUCGAACCCGAUCAGAACGUCUACCUUUUACUGCUUGGCACUAGUCCUAGUCUGAGACUGCACUUGCCUGAUCUGCUAGACUGGCUCGACAGAGAGGCUCAGCUGUACGAACCAGACCCCAAGGCGCGACCAGGCGACGUAUUCCUGCAGCUCCUUGUCCGCAGAGUGGGCGACCUGGCUGUCAGAGACGUCUUGCGACUGCUGGACCUCAUGGGUAUCGCAAGGGCAGGAUCCAAACGUCGUCAUACCCCGAAGUCGACCCCUCUCUUCCCUACGCGGAUGUCUUCACACGACGAGCAGCUCGGUGCCCAUGCCGCGGUGGCCUACAUGUAUGGUCGCCUGGCUCAGCCGCAGAGAGCCUUGUUUCACUUUCAGGCCUGCUGGAAGCUUCGAGAGCAUGACUACAAUCACGAAUGGUGUGGACGGGCGGCAGCGAGUGUCAUUGUGGCUUACAAUCUCGCUCAGGAGCCCCAAGCAGGAAUCGAUUUCGGUCUAGCUCUCAUCAACCCGACCCUGGACUCAGACAGCAAUGCUUCCCCUUUGCUCCCGCAUACUGCGACUUAUGGCGCUCUCAUCCGCGCAGCGGCCACGCUGCCAUCGGAAAAGGAUGCUAUAGAAGUGGUGCGAGUGCUCCUUUCUCUGCUCGUACAGCAAGGAGUCUCCUUCGACCGGCGCAUUCGUCAAAGUCUAGCUGCACUCUUUUACACUGCCCUGGGACCAGGUGAUGAUGGCUUGGAAGGCAUCAGACAGCUGCUUGAGAAGCUUAGUGAUGUCGCGCAGUCUCUGCCCAUCAGCCCCAAUCUGCCAUUGACUAAACCUACAGAGAGCGAGGAGAUUUUGCUGAACCCUUCAGAACGGAAGCGCAUCGGCAUGCUCCUUAUGGAGCUGAGCAAGCAGGGCUUCGAGCACCGCCUAGAAUUGAGGAACUUCAAGAAGAGGACAGGAAGAGUGCUUCGCAGCCGUCGACUGAUCAGACGUGCGGCAGCGGUGGCACUAGAACGAGAGAGCGCAGAAUGGAUUCGGAGCUAUUCGGAUCAGGUCUUUCCGUACGGCACAGAUCCUCUCGUGGGAUAUCACAGAGAGACCGAUCAGAAUAACAGCCCAGCAGAUGCGCACAUCACCGCGCCAUCAGGCACUCCUGAUAAUAGAUCCUCACGCAAUGGCAUCGCAAGACACCACAGGCAGGAGGAUGCAUUCUCUUCCUCCCUUGGCGGAGAAGUGGCGGGCCCCGAAGCUGUUCAAGCAGCUGAGGACGCGGCCAUGGACGUUGAAGAAGACUUCGAGGAGUCACUCUCAGCAGCCGGCUAUGCUAUGCGUCUGAGGGUCUUCUCGGUAGUUCGUCGCGAUCAUGUCGCAGCUGCACACCUAUUCCGCUCCAUGCAUGACAACGGCGUUAAACCCAGUAUGCUACAUGUUGCGCCCAUCGUCGAGGGUCUUUGUCUCGAUGGUAGGGUGGAAGAAGCGAGAUCUGUAGCUCAGAAUGCUAGCAAGAAGCUCGGUGUCCUCACCACCGCCCGCAUUCAAUCGGCGAUACUGCGUGCGCUAAUCCAAGAAGGCCGCUUGAGCGAAGCGCGAGCAGAGCUCGGAUCCUGGAUCAAGGCGGGUGGCAGCCCCAAUGAUUACCUCCAGCACAUCUUCGACGACGUUGAGUUCCCUCGUUUGGCCAGAGAGCAGACCUUCCGUGUUGCGCUGGCCGAGGCUCAGGCUGCUGACAAACCGCUCCACCUCGGAGAAGUCGACGAUGCCUUUCGCUUCUUGAUGAGGACCCAACGCUUUGUCUCUGCGCAGCGACUCGUUCUUCAAGCCGUGCAACAGACCGGUACACUGGCCGACUACAGCUUGCGUGUGGCGGUGCGCAAUGCCAGCAAGUACCUACGCAAGGUGCUCCAUCGCAGGGGCGUGGAGCCUGAAGCCGAGCCUGUUGAGCCUCAAAAAGACGACAAUGACAGAAUCUACUUGUUCACCCCACCGUCGGCGUCGGUGCUAACUCUUCCCUCUAGGCGAGACUCUUGGUCGGACGACAUUGCAUCUUCGACGUCCCCACUGGACCUUCCAGCCGAGAACGACGACGACUCUCUUCGCUCCGCCUUUUCCCUGAGCACGCAGCUCCGCCACCUUUUGCACAUCCCAUCAAACAAGGAGCUCCAACGCCAAAAGGCGGCGCGAGCCCAGUUCCGCCACGAUCUUGAGACGCUGGUGAUGGACAUUGCCAAGGGCGUGUACUCGAUUGCCGCUCUGCAGGGCAAGCAGACGCGGCUGCAGAGGCAAAUGGCCAAGGAGAUUCGAGAAGAGGAGGAGCAACACGUCGAAGGGCUGGAGUUUCUGCAACGGCCACCAGCAGGAGGAGCACAGCUCAGGGAACGGGCAAGGGAGAGGGCAAAGGAGAGGGAGAGGGAGAGGGAAAAGGAGGCGGCGGCGCUGCGAAGUGAGUCCGUCUCGUUUUCGCGUGCAUCUCGUCGUGCCUUUUGGAAGGAGCGACGUCAGCAACAGCGGCAGGAACGGCAGGAGCGACAGCAGAGGGAUGAACAGCAGAGGGCUCACCAGGAGGCAGGCAUCGUCGCCGCUGGGUUGGUCUGAUGGGCAAUAGAGCGGUGACGUCCAAGGCAGGUCGGUCAUGGCGGCCAUGUAGCGGAAGAAAUCUACCUGUCAUAGUCAACACAGUCACGCUUCACAGCCUUUUCUAGAAUACACCUCGAGCGGGCUCACAUGCACAAUGAGUAGGCUAGAGCAACUCGUGUGGUCUGGUGAUUACGACAGUCAGACAAGAAGGAAUGGUCAAAGG